AUGAUAUUAGUUACUUCAGCAGUAUUUUACACAGAUGUAGUCCAUUAUAUUGUGUAGCAGUGCCCAUGCACAUGAGAAUUUAAUAAAAACAGUAACUUUUUUUCUUAAAUCAAUCAAGUCUUAUCUGAUGAUCAGGUGCCUGAAAAGGCUUAGUUAGCAUACACUAGAGGUGAAAUGUGAGCUAAUUAUAUUGCCAUUUUUAUUAUUUAUUGUAUUUUACUUCAGCUAAUUUGUGCAAGCUGUACAAACUUUACAUCUAAAACUUUAAAACCACACACAUACACACACAAAGGAAACGGUAAUUAAAAGAAAAAUAUGUGACACAAAGGUAUAUUCAUUAUGUGAAGAUCUAAACUGCUGUCUUUUAUUUUAUGUAGAUGCCACAGGUUGGCAUGUGGUGUUAAUCACAGCACACCUCCCUCUUGUGGACAAACUGCAUUCCAUUAAAUGUGAAUAAGUGAUUUAAUAAGUUAUAAUACAGUACGAGGUACCGUGCUUCUAAAAAUGAAGCUUAUGAACUCUACCCAGAAUUCAUGAACAUGGCAUGAGGAAAGAUCAUUUUCCUACAAAGGUUUAAAAAAGUGCUUUAUUUUCUCUGGUGUGAAAAAUGUACCAACCUAUGACCAUGGCUGUCACCACUAUAUGGGGAAUGACCUGAGGAGUUGUUUACACUUUAGAUUUAUACACCAAAUUACUUGAGGUUUGGAAAGAUGGCUCUUGUUUUUUCAACUCAGUAUCUUUUAAUCUGGUUCUUUUUAUGCAAAACCAACGAAAAGCCUUUAGACCGUCACUUUGGAGAAAAAUGUUUACUCUGAGUAUAAAUGUACAGUUAAAUAAAUAAGAAAAAUGUAAAUGAAAUCUUCCUAUAGACUUUAAAGUGGCCAGUCAGUUUUCUAGCAGGUUGGCACUGGGGGACUCUGGACUUGUGACCCCAGGGAUCUCCUUCUAAAAUCUUGUCUACAGCCCUGGUUACUGUGCACUACAGGACCUUUUAGUAAGAUUCUGGUUGAGAAGUAAGAAAGACUGGUUGUUUCCUUUGAAAACCAGCCAGUAAAAUAAAGGCUGCAUGCACGCCUUAGACUGUAUUAUCUGCAGUAGCCUGCUAAGUGUCUUAUCUCCUGAUGUCCGAGUCACUUGACGUAUAUGGAUACACCCGCCGCCCUGCCGCCUGACACAGUCCCAAAAUAAUCUGAGAAAGCACAGCUGAGCCCCGCUCGCCGCUGCACGCUUCUUCCGCGCUGUGUUAGAAACGCUGCCGUGAAAUCUACCGUCUGCAAUGACGAAGUUCAGCUAUUCUGAAUACUUAUCUCAGAUCCGUAAUGCUGGAGGUAAAUGUAACCAUGUUCGGUCGCGGCUACGGGGAGAAAGGAGGAGAGGAGACGGUCCGAGCGACGCAGCGUCAGAGCCGGAGGAUGUUUGCCCCGUAGUCUCUGCCAUCAGGAAAGGGGAUGUGGAUGCUGUUCAUGAUCUGGUAACAUCUGCUCCUCACAGCCUGCUGAAGGAGAACAAAGAUGGGUGGAUACCUUUGCAUGAUGCAGCCUACUGUGGACAGACUGAGUGCUUAAAGAUCUUACUGAGGGCCCAUCCGAGUUCGGUAGACAAGCGUACCUUGCAGGAGCAGACGGCCUUGCUGCUUGCUGCGUCUUGUGAACACAUGGCAUGUGUGCGAUGCCUUCUUGAGGCUGGUGCUGACCCUGAUAUCAGCAGCAAGAACAAAGAAACUCCUUUGUACAAAGCCUGUGAGUUGGAGAAUGUGGACAUGAUAAGCAUCAUUCUUUCCUACGGGGCCACUGUGAACCAGCGGUGUGGUCAGGGCUGGACAGCCCUCCACGAGGCUGUAUUCAGGAACAAUACAGAGCUCUGUGAGAUACUAAUAAGAUCCGGGGCCGCAAUCAAUCCACCUAAUACCUUCAGCAUCACACCGCUGUUUGUAGCAGCUCAGCGAGGACAGAUGAGGGCACUGUGUUACCUUAUUGAGAAAGGUGCAGACGUGAACAUGCAGACAUGUGAAGGAGUAACAGCACUCCAUGAAGCUAGUAAAAAUGGGCACAAGGAAAUUGUGGCCUUACUAUUGACUAAAAGCGCAGAUGCCAACAAACCAACUAACUCAGGACUGCUGCCUCUGCAUGUCGCUGCCCAAUAUGGUCACCAUGAGAUUGUGUCGCUGCUUGUGCCGGUGACAAGCCGGGCCAGGCUCCGUAACAGUUGGAUUAGCCCCCUCCACCUGGCAGCUGAACACAACAGACACACUGUGGCAGCUGUGCUCCUCAAAACAGGUGCAGAUGUAAACGCCACACUGGGCCACAGUCACGCCAUCCAAUAUGCUGAUCGCCGUGCAACAGCCCUCUACUUCGCUGUCGCCAACGGCAGCACCGAAACAGCAGAGGUGUUACUGAACGCCAGCGCUAGUUUAACCCUGGACCCAGUCAGUCCACUGCUGAUGGCUAUACAUCGGGGCUGUGCCAGAACCGUGUCUUUGCUGCUGGAGAGAGAGGCCGAUGUCAAUGCCAGAAUCCCAUCUUAUGCUACCACAUUCCCUGCUGUCAUUGCACUUUGCAUGAACAAUUUGACUCUACUUAAAUGUCUCCUGGACAAUGGUUGCAAUGCCUUCUCCUGCUUUACCUGUACAUAUGGCAGUGCCCCUCACCCAGUUUCAGGAGCAUCCCAAACAAGAAUUGUUGGCAGCAAUGGAUAUGUUUCACAGAAUGACAGUAUGCCUCCUUUAAACUUCAGUGAGCCAUCAGAAAAGGCAACACAGUUCUGUGAAUGGAUCUCAACACCAGUUAUGUGUAAAUGGGCUGGACCAAUCAUAGACUUGCUGCUGGAGCACGUCGGUCAUGUUCAGCUGUGCAGCAAGCUCAUUGAACUAUUGGACAGCCGAGAAGAAUGGCUUGCUGUUAAGAGGAAGUCAUUGUCACCUUGUCCACUGCUGCACCUUUGCAGAUUAAGGAUUCGGAGUCAGCUGAGGACAGACAGACUGAAAUCUCUUUCAGUCUUACCUCUGCCAGGCAGACUGAUCAGAUACUUAAGCCUGGCUGACUGACUGAUGAGCUUUAAGCAAUAUAUUUCAGAGGUGUGACUAAAUAUGUUUUUGGAGGUCUUUUUUUAGUUGUGUCUGAUAUCCUGAGUCUGUAAAUGGCCCUGUCAGAGCGGGUCUCUAUGCAUAAAUGAUCUAUUUAUAACAUAUGUCAUGUGACAAUACAGUUUUUUGAUCUGUCAUUUAAAAUGUUUUUUUCCUCACAGAAACCUUCAGUGAAAGUAAAAAUGAUAUAAAGCCCAACGAAUUUCUUGAGGGAUGUUGAAUCGUUUAUUUAAAAAUAAAAGGCAUUGCUUCAGAUCUGCCCAUCACCCAUUACUUCAACAAAGAGAAAGAUCUAUGCCCCACAUUCUGUUCUCGCUGUUGAAAGAGGAAACUAAAACAGGAUGCGUUCAUUCAUUUGCAUGACUUUUGGUACUUAAAAAAGAACUGCCAUUCUCUGUGGAAACCUAAAGUUAAAGACCUUUUAAUUUACUGUCAGUGUUUAAAUACUUGGUGGCAUCAGAAUGGAAAAAGUGAGACGAAGUUAUUCUGCAAGUGCAAUUUAGUCCUUUAGAUUUCAACAA